AUUGAAUUAUUUUCAGAAUUUGUAAUUUUUACACUUUUAAUUUUCUUUCAAAAACAAUUUAUGAUCACCAAGGUUUUGCGUGGCGGAAGGAUCUUCAUUCUACGGCUACUAUGAAUCAGUGGUGCGAAAUUUGAAAAUUUUACUACGAUCAUGGCCAGUUCUGAGCGGAAAAUGGACACCGUUGAGGGAACUGAAAGCUCUAAUCAAUUGGAGGCUUCCUGUCCUCCAGUGAGCAACAUGACAACAACACUCCUGGAUUUCUCCCAGCUUACACCUUCCCAACUGGGUAUAUCCACCCAGAGCUUCACCCCAUCCUCUAACAUCAAAGAAAAAUCUCGACUAGCGCAGCUAAAGCUUAAGCGGAGGUCCAGUGUUGGGGUACGGGGUUCACCAGAGACCAACUCUCUUAUCCGCUACAUAGCCCAACAGAGGAUGAAAACUCCCCCCACAACCGCACAGCCUACACAAGCCAGCCCUUUCUCCACCAAAGUCCCCUCUACUCUAAAGCAGAAGAUGGCUAUUUUCCAAAACAUUAUGGAUGUGGAGGAGAAUGAAAAUGAGACCGUCCAAAAAUCCAGUCCCACUGGGGGAUGUAUCAAGACAAGAGAUGUUCUGUCUGAUGAUGGGUGGAGCUGUGACGGUGCUGGGAAGGAGAACAAGACCCCAGCGAGUCAGCCUCUGACACCCCCACCCACUAAGAGGCGGUGCACAACAGGCCCUCUGGGGGUGUGUGUGGACGAGAUUAGGGAGGCCAACCCUCCUAUCCUGAAACGCACUACAACCUCGCAGAAAACACACAACAAGGAGCUUGGCAUUGGUCAGACCAACCAGCAUCAACCUGCUCUCACUGUACCUCCUGGAGAAGCACCACAGAAGGAGCACUGCGGUGUGGUUGAAGACACCCCUCAUACAGAUGCUGUGUCCCGGAUCACACAGGGUGAGCCCCACCCCUCCACUCCCCUGAAGCAGGAAUGGACUCCCACCGAGGAGGAGCAGGACCAGGGGUGCUCCUUUGAACUGCGCAGCCCUAGCCAAACUCUGGAUGUGUGUUCCAGACCAGACAGGACCACUCUGCCCCUGCUGUUCUCCAUGCCAUCUCAUCGGGAGAUUAAACCCAUGGAUGAGGCUGAUUCCUCUGGAAUUGUUAACUCCAUCAUUAAGAAGAAGCAGGUGCGUUUCGGGAUUCUGCUUCCCCCCGAGCUAUUUGAUAAGAAUCUGCCCCCAAGUACACCUCUACGGAAAGGAGGCACCCCGGCUCGAGUCCCAACAUCCGCUGGGGGGUCCCAGCUGAAAUCGUUGCUGAAGACCCCUCAGAGGACCCCCCUGGUCCAACCAGAUUUCAGCAGCCCCUCUUUGACUGGAGCCUCUCCAACCUUUACCGUGAAGCCCUGUUGUAGGGACCCAGAGACAGCCAGCACUUGGGGAAAGAUUGAUUUUCCUUCACUGGAAGACGAAGUUGAUCAUUCAUUUGUGGACUGUGGAGUGCUGCAGGCUCAACCUCUGGAUUUGACCUCUGCAUUUCAAGAGGAGUAUUCUGUUUGUGCAGCACUCCCAAGUGCUGAAUUAGUACUUGACUCUGUUCCUGCCCUGGGUCCUGUGCCGGAGGCCGCCGUCACGGCCCCAGCCCGCUCCAGCAGCCGGAAGAGGAAGCUACCGCAGGAGAGGGAGCCUGUGAAAAAGAGGUCGAUGCGCACAGCUGCCAAGUCUGCCUGUGGGAGGAUGAAGAACUCAGGGAAGCGUAGCUUUGGGAAGAAGGCUGUAGACCGUUCUCUGUACGGCAAGAGAGAUUACGCAUCCAAGAAUCCCGCUCUCAGCCCCAUCACGGAGACCCUGUCUUCUCCCAGCCGCUCUCUCACCUGCAGAAACACAGCCAAACAACAGUCCAGCCCAUUGGAAGAUGUCAUUAACACUGGCCCCAUUGCUGGAGAGGUCAUGGCUGUUUCCCUGUGGCAAAGCAGCUUCUGCCCUCCAGCCUCUGGUGAUAACCCAGCUGCAGAGCCCUCUGAUGGGCCUCCUGUUGACAGCGGUGUCCUUACUGGCUCCAGCACUGGCUCUGGGCCUGGGAGAGCAACGCGGGCAGGGGGGAGAAGGAGGUCGGGUCCCACAAAGCCCUCCAGGACCAAAGAGCAGCUAAAGCAGCGUGCUGUUAGGGGAGGUAGAGGUAAUGGUAGAAAGGUGAGUGUUCCUGGCGAUGAUUGGCUCAACGAGGAGCCAGAACAUGAGUCGGCAGGAAGCACCCAGUCAGAGGUUUCAGUGUCCGUUUCAGCCAAUCACACAGGAUCUUUUGAAGGACAGGAUGAGACCGAUGCUCUGUGUAACUUUCCAUCUGUGGAUUCAGAUUCUGAUCAGAGCUGUGGCGUGCUGCCAAAUUUAAGUGGGACAGGAGAGAGUCCAGUUAGAGCAGACACCGAACCUCCCUCCGGUCAGCUGAGCUCCGCCGCGGCUCCGUCAGGUCAGCUGAGCUCCGCCGCGGCUCCGUCAGGUCAGCUGAGCUCCGCCGCGGCUCCGUCAGGUCAGCUGAGCUCCGCCGCGGCUCCGUCAGGUCAGCUGAGCUCCGCCGCGGCUCCGUCAGGUCAGCUGAGCUCCGCCGCGGCUCCGUCAGGUCAGCUGAGCUCCGCCGCGGCUCCGUCAGGUCAGGAGGCAGCAUGCCAUGUAGAGCUCGGGUCAAACCGAGGCACGCCGAGAGGAAGCACUCAGUGCCCAGGCCGCUCCAGAGGUAGGAGGAAGAGUCUAUAUGCCAGCUCCGUGAAAGAGGAGUGUGGGGAGGAGCAGUCAGAUGAUCCAAAGGCCCUGGAGGCUGACCAGGGUGGCGUUACUGAACAGGCCUCCUUCCCACAUUCCCUCUUUCCACCCUGGGCACAGGAUGACUUCAGUAUCGAUGACGUGCUGCAGCCUCCGCCCAGCAGGGGGCAUCGCUCUGUCCGCCGCAGCCUGAGGAACCGGAGCCAAAACGGCUCCCUGGAUCCCAGCGGCUCAGGCUUGGCCUGGCUACCCCACACCUCUCCGGACUCCUUGAGGACUGAGCGCAGGAAGACCAGGGGACGACGCAGCUCCGCUCAGGCUGUGCUGCCGCUGGAGGAUGGGGGACACUUGGAGCUAUGAGCCACUGGAUGUGCUGCUAACUGGACACCCUGGCUGUUUGAAACAGAGGGCUAUUUAUUACACUGUCUGUGUUUACACAGGAAGCCCCGCUCUGAUAUUCUUUCCUCCAAUUGGUCUUUUGACAGUCGCAUCUGUUCAGGAGCCGAUCUUAUGUUCAAAAGGCCAGUGAGUAAAAAAAACUACUUAAAUGCAGUCAGUCUUGCUUUUAACCAGGGUUUUAGAAAACCCAAUUGAGAUGUACUUCUGAGUUAAUUUGUUUUGGGGAUUUUUAAGAACCGAUUUUGCUUUUAAUAAUCGAGCUGUUGUGUAAAUAGACUUGUUUCGUUAAGUUGUUCCAUUAAUGUGAUUUUGGUCAGACAGUUGGGUAGUAUUUUGCUCAUGGGGAUCUUUGUACAGUGCGUUUUCUUCAAUGUAAGAAUGUUUACCUUCUGUAUCCAUUAAAUACAUUGGGCAUCUUA